AUGUUGUCCACAAUUACGAUCGUUGGUUUAGCAGCACUAGCUGCCGCCUCUCCAGAUAAUGCCCUACGACCAUGGAAGGCUGCCGGCCCAGGCGAUUCUCGCGGUCCAUGUCCAAUGCUGAACACUCUUGCUAAUCACGGCUACUUACCACACAACGGCCGAAAUCUCACAGUAAAACACUUUGGCGAUGCCGUCGUCGAAGCUCUCAACACGGCGCCCGCAUACGGCACAGCACCAGCAAAGGCAUUCAUCAAAGGCUGGGGCAAAGAAUUCUUCGACCUAGAGGAUCUCAACACACCAGGUAUACUACAACACAUCAGCUCCUUGUCACGCGAUGACGUGACGCCCACGGAGAAGAACAUCGCCGUCGUACCAGCACGAGUAUCCGCACUCCUGAAGGACAGUUCAACAGAGUACGUGGACGCUGCGUCCAUGGCGAGAAGUCGCCUGCGUGUAGAAGCAUUAUCUGCGCCGGAGAAGAUGACGUACCGGGAGGGGGGGCUCGCGUACGUGGAGGCCAGUCUGGUUCUUAUGAUGAUGAAUGACGGGGAGGUGCCGUCUGCGUUUGCGUUUCCUGGGUCUAAGACGUGGAGGGCGCCGAAGGAUCGUGUGAGGGUUUGGUUGGUGGAGGAGAGAUUGCCGAGUGAGCUUGGGUGGAGGCGCUCGGGGCGACGGCUUGGUCUGCUGGAUUUGGUGCCGAUUAUGAAGGCUGUUUUGGGGGAGAAGAUGGCUCAGAGGGGCGGGUAUUGGAAGGUUUUGAUGUCUUCUUUGGGGGUUUCACGAGAUGAAUUGUGA